UCUGAUUUUACCUUCAACUUUCUCCCAUCUCUCAUUUUCUUCCCAAACAUAAACUCUUUCCUCUCAAAAUUAUUUAUUUUUGCCUUCAAUCAAAAAUUCCCAAAGGCUAUGAAUGAACGAAGAUGCGAGUGAGAUAUCGUUUGAUCUUGUGAAUACUCUUUUGUAGAAAGAAGUUAUAAGAGAUACAACCGAAGCGAGGAAGAAGAGAUCAGAGGGGAAAGUGUGUUAUGCUGAAGAUAAGAGGCUCUACUGCUGGAGAAAGAAGCAGUAUUAGUGUGGCUUGUGACUGUUGUGAAAACAGCACAAGAAGAGAGAAGCUUUUCAUCAGAUGUUAUCCAUUGAAAACCCUCCACCAGAUCCCCCAUGUCCCUGCCAAGUUCUAGUACAGCUGAAAAGUGGUGGUGAUGAGAUUGAGAGGCCUCCUCAUAAGCUUCCCUUGCCUGAGGUAGAUCUGCUAAACAAGCCGUUUCUUGAUAAUCAUCAGCAUCAUACCCCACUCCCCAGGUUCUCCAUAAGAGAUUAUGUGUUCACUGCUCGGGGCAAUGAUAUCAAGAAGAAUUGGCCGUUUUCUCCCAAGAAUUUGCAGCUUUGUUUGAAGCAUGGCUUGAAAGAUCCAUUGCCACCAUUUGAGAUUCUUGGUACUGUAACAAACCAGUCCUUAGAGAGAUGCGUGGUUGAAACCAGUCCAUUUGAGAAGCAAACUACGAGAAAAUUUGGUGACGAGCCAUCUGGGUCAAACGAUCAUGUGGUACUAGAGUCAUCCAAUGAUGCUUACUCAAACCAUAACCUAGCAGGUACUUGCAUCGACAAUAGCUCGUGCAGAUCGGGAGGAGAACAUGGAAAUGAUUUACCUUCCACAACAGCAAGUGUUUCUCAAGCUGAUAUAGACUCGGUUCUUGUUAACAAACAGUCCGACUUACGAUUAGAAACCGAUAUAACAGUGGAGGCAUCAGCUGGAGUUCAAGCUGCUGGUAAGGCUCGAAAGACUGAAAACUCAACCCGAGCAUCUGGGAAGAAGUGCAGAUUAAUUGUGAAAUUUGGUGCACAGUCUGAACCUAAAUCGACUGAAGAUAUUGCUUCAAGUUCUACCAUGUUAUCUGAAUCCAUGGCUUCUAAAGUUUGCCCUGUUUGUAAAACCUUUUCUUCCUCUUCGAAUACCACCUUGAAUGCUCACAUCGACCAAUGUCUUUCUGAUGAAUCGACUCCCAAGUGGACUGUGGAUUCUAAGCUUACUCAUCAUAGAAUAAAGCCGAGGAAGACUAGAAUGAUGGUGGAUGUGUACGAGACUGCUAAACCAUGCACUUUAGAAGAACUUGAUAGGAGGAAUGGUAGAUGCUGGGCCACUACAUCAAAGAUCCUUGGCCAGGAUUCUGGAAGACUUGAAAUAUCUGACGAAAGGAAAAAGCAAAGGGCUUCUUCUAUUAAUCCCAGGGAUACUGGUAACGUAGGUGCGGUUUAUUUUGAUGACAAUGGUACAAAAAUCCGUAUUUUAUCAAAGUCUAAUGAUGUUCCACCAGUGUCAAAAGUCGGAGAUGAUCCUGGACCAAGCAAAGCUUUAAAAGGAAGCAAAUUAUUUUCAACAAAAAAGAAAAGGCGACACUCCUCAAAACAUCACAAGUAUCUUAAACUUGCUCCUCAAAACCGAAAACUUUUCUCGCAUAAGACCUGCUCUUCUACGAUGGUUGGAGGUCUAGAAGGGUACCAUGGAGUAGCAGAAACUUGCCAGAGCAAUGGACCAGAUGUGCCAAAGCAAGUCAAAUCCAGUGAUUCUAGAAACUUUAGGGAAAGGGUGUGCUCUAAACAAGUUGGUCUUUCAAGGAAGCCUAGUAAUCAAGCUAGAAAUCAACCUUCGGUUUGCAGACGGAAUGUUUCCCUGGACUUGCAGGUUCAGAGGGAUCAACCAAAUCAAGGAGAUCCUGUUGCGCAGAGAAAUUGUGUUCGUAGGUUAAAAAGUUCAUCUGAAAUUGCAAUUUCUUCUCCUGAAAAAUGUGAGAAGAGAGAGAAGCCAAUUCAUGAAGCCCCAGAUAUGGAUAAGAGGGAGCAUUCUUUUGGAAGAAAAAGAGUAAGAAGUUCCUUGUGUGGACCAAGAAUCCGUAAUGAAAAUCACUUGAGCAAAGACCAUUCCCGUCUAGGGAAGGAUCAUUUGGUGAAAUCUUUGAGCUCUGGUGGAAAUUGUUCAUCUUCAUUGAGAAAGAAGAUGGUUGAUAAUGAUGCAAAUAGUAAUCCCAAUACUCCUGUCACUUCUAUGGCACCUAUUAGUGGCCGUUCUUUUGCAUUCAAACGCUUCAGAUCCUCACCAAAGAAAAAUGUGUCAUCUGCUAGCAGCAGGUAUUCCAUGGGUAAAUUUAGGUCAACCUUGGUUAAGAAUCAUUUAGUGACGGAAAAUCGACUGCGUUUUAUGGAGGAAAUCGAUGAAGAUGUAUCCUGGGGUCCUGAUUCUGAUCAAGAAUGUGACUUGGUGCAUGAUUGUUCCGAAAAUCAAUCUGGAAGGAAAGAGAUUACUGAAGAAAUGCCAUUUGGAGGAAGCAGCAUCCAAGGAGCCCCAUCUAGAGAACAAAGAAGAAAAAGUAUUUCCAGUAGGGAGGAAUCCAUGGCUUUGAGCAUACAUUCAACAUCUAAUUCUUCUUCUUCUGAUGAGACGGAGAACACUGAUUCUUCUGCAAGAAGUGGUGAGAAUACUCCGGAUAAAGCUGGUGGCUUGGAAUCUUUUGAGGAGACUGUCACCAGUUUGAGUCACUCGGUAGAAACCAAGUUUUACAAACAUAGUAAUCUUUCCGAGAAUAGGUCCAAUUCUAUACAUACACAUGAGGAUUACAGUGGGCCCUUGUGUGGGGGUGAAGGAGUGGCAAACCUUACAGAUACAGAUCUUGUUGGUGAACCGCACAUGUUUUGUGCUGAACUUAGCCAUGAUAUUAUUAGACAAACAGGUAAUAUGGGAGGAGAAUUGGAUUCUGAUGCGGCACAAUUGAACUCUUUUCCUGAGGUUGAUCCGAUACCUAUUCCUGGUCCACCAGGAUCAUUUUUGCCUAGUCCUAGGGCCAUGGGCUCUGAUGAUUUUCAAGGGAAUUCAUCAUUGACCACCCCAAUUCAGUCCUCUCAGGAUCAGCUUGAUUUCGUUGAUGGGGAAUCAUCAGAUUCACCCAUAUCUGCAGUGUCUACAAUCUCUAAUUCUCUGGAAGCCAAGUCAGAUUCGAAGCUUGCUGAGCCAUUAGCAUUUGUCGGUAAUCCUGUAAUGCUAGAAAAUUAUAGAUCUGGCUGCUCUAGCGCCAAAUCUGGGCCUUUAGUUGAAAACGGUGCUGCAUUUCUCCAUACAAGAGCGGGACUUGAAAGAACUUCUAAAGGAGAGAAGUUUAGAGAGCAUAGAACGUCUCUUGAAAAUAGACCUUUGAUUUUCAAUAAUGAUGAUCAGCCAUGCUGGUGUCAGAGAAAAGACGGAUCAUACCUGGGUUUUGCCCUAAAUUAUCAGGAGCCACAAAUACUAAGGCGACGGGCAACUGCUUCGAUGAUGGUCCCUACCAUGGGAAUGCAAAUUUCUGCCAAUCAAAAUAUCAGUCCUGAUAACAUGGAUGCAAGACCAGAAACAAACUCUCGGAGCAGUAGUGGGAAUUUAGGAUCCGAACAAGUGGUUUUACCUGUCUUGAAACCUCCUGCAGGUUCCAUUGCUUUUGAAGGUUUCCCUGGUGCUGCUGUCAAGCUUUCUGAUCGCAGUAACUGUGAUGCUGUUACCCCAUCUUCUAAUCCCGUUCUCAGGCUAAUGGGAAAGAACUUAAUGGUGAUUAACAAGGAGGAAGACACAUCUGUGCCACAUGGUCAGGCCCAGUCAUGUUCUCAGAGUAUUCAUCUAACUCCUAAGUUUCCAACUUCGUCUGGAAUCUCUACGAGCAAUAUUGGGAAUCAAGGUGAAAUACCCUUCCAUCAGACAAUGCCUCAGAGUUCUUCAAUCUUUGAUCAGCAUCCAAAAGAUUUGGCAGGGAAAUCUUUUGAUGUCCAAUUAACAAAUUGCUAUGGAAACCGUGCAGAUCUUGGAACACGACAAACACCAGCACAAUUUCCAGCUGGUAUAUUUUUUGAUGGACGUAUGGAAUGUGGUCUUACAACCUCCACGGAGCUAUACAAAUAUGCAGGCGAAUAUAACUUGCCAGCUCGAUCGAGCAGACUGAUAAGCAAGCCAGGUCCAGAUAUGGAGAAAGUCACAACUCUAGACUACCUACAUAGGAACGGUGAUUCUGCUCUUUCCAAAGAAGUAAUUGUCAUUGAUGAUGCUCCUGAAAGUGAAACAAACAAGUUCUUCGACACUGCCAAGCAUUUUAAAGGCUUGAGGGAAAGCUCACUGAUACCAGCUGGCCUUUUGAUGCCAUUAGUUCCUAAUCAUGGUGUAAGGCACAUGAAUCCUUUUUCUCGUUAUCAGCUGGAAGACUCAUCGCGAGGUGAUCCAACCACGGUACAAAAUAAUAACUUUAAUGCAAUCUCUUCUGGUCGAGCCAAUGCAGUUCCUUUUCGAUGGGAUUGCACUUCAGAACGUUCUGGUGUGCCACAGCGGGCGCCUCUUAUGGCUGCAUCAUCCUCAAUUGGCCAUCUCAGACCUGCAGUUUAUUAUUCUCCGAGUUUGUCUUAGCAGCUUUGGGUGGUAUGGGAAUUGUGAAUCUUGAGCUUCUCCAUGACUGAUAAGAUUUCAGGCUUCGAGACGAUAUGCAACAAGCUAAAAUAAUUGCAGUUUGAGUUUUAAUAGAUUUUGUGCGAGUUUAGCAUUUGAGAUGUCAUGGUUUGUAUUUAUUUUUCCUUCACUUGCAGUUGAACAAACUUUUCACAGUUUUCGAGACUUCGGCAACUAUAAAGUUAUUACAAAGACUAGAUAAUAUAUAUAAGCAAAAUCCUUGAAUAAAACCUGACAAAGGGCAGAGUUUAAAGUGUCCUUA